GACCACGCAAGGGGCUUAUCCAGCCUGUUCUUGAACAUCUGCAGCGAUGGGGAGUCCCCCGCCUCCCUUAGCAUCUGUCCGGGGAGUUCAAGAGCUUUCCUACCAGCUCGCCCAGAUCUCCCUUGCUGCCCGGCAAGCCGAUUACUCCUUGUCCUGCCUUCACAGGGUGCUGAGAGCAAUCUGUCUCUUUAUAAUGGCCCCUCACAUAUGUGAUGGCUCCUAUCCCGUACCCCCUCAGUCUCAAGACUAAAUGUGCCCAGGUUUUUUUAAUUUUUUCUCAUAGGUCAGGUUUCUAAACCUUUUAUCAUGUUUGUUGUGUUCCUCUGGACUUACUUUAGUUUCUCCCCAUCUUUCCUAUGGUGCAGUUCCCAGAAUUGGGUCCAGUACUCCAGCGCUGAAUAGAGUGGGCAGUUACCGCCCAUGUCUUCCACGUAACCUCCAGCUCCCUUUCAGCAGUACUACCACCCUGAAAAAGGAUCAGCCAUGAAAUGUGUACGAAAAAGAAGCACUGCUGAGCAGUUGGAGACUUGUGGCAUCUGGCUAGACACUGCAAAGUUAAAGAAGCGCAAAAUACAGACUCUCGUAUCGAAGCCAACUUCAAACAUGCCAAAUCCACUUCUUGAGAGGAACUAUAAUAGUCACAUUUCAGUUAAUUUUACUCAGACAAGACUUUCUCAGCCAUACACCAGGCAAACUACCAUCUCUUCGUUCUUCAGCAUUCAACCAACAGGUGAAAAGGAUGAUGAAGAAAACUUAAAGACACAUCCUCUUAUGUCAAAUAAAGGAAAAGGCUCUGAUUUCUUGGCUGCCUCCUCUAUGAAGAGUUCUGGGGCUGCUAAGUUAGAGGAAGCCCAGGCCCCAACCUUGAGCCCUCAGGAGGACAACAUUCAAGAAUGUAGCCAGCUGCUUGUACAAAACACACAAGGCUUGAACAUUCCCCUGUUGAACUAUACCUUUCCACAAGCACAGUCUAACAGCAGGAGUGAGUGCACAGCCAUUGCAAGGACCUCUGCUGGUGAGACAGAAGACUUUCUCUCCAUAAACUUCACCCAGGAUUCAGAGGGAAAUAGGGUUCUAGCUCACAGGAAUUCAGAUGACUCAUUCACUGGAAGAAUAUCUGUAGCAAAUGGGAUAAUUUCAAGGAAGAGAGAGAGUUACUUUAUAGGCGAGAAAGAGGGCCAUUUGUGCUCUGAGAGGGGGAGAACUAGAGUGGGUCUCAAACCUACACACUUGAAGCAAGGUAGGAGGAGAUGCAAAAACCUGCCCCCUGGUGGAAUUUCUUUUAUGGAUUUGUCAGAGGUUGAGAAUGUGUGUCCUGCACCCAAGGGUAAUGAAGGCCAGCAGACCAAUUAUCCUCUAUCCCAGAGGCGAACAACUAAAGCAGAGCUUUUGAGAGACAGUAGUCAAAAUUUUGCUGCCUUUUGGACAAGAAACUGUCACAAUAUGGCUGAUUCAGAAGAAGAGCAGGGGCCCAGUGAGAGUAGUCCUACCACACAGUUGUUUACCCAGGAUUCAGAGGGAUACAGAGUCAUUUCUCACCAGUGCUUCUAUAAGAGUGUCAGAUCACCAUUGCAGAAAAAGUAUCUACAGGACAAAACCAACUUUGUCCAUAGGACGCCUAGCCCACCCUCUGUGGACUGCUUUAAGGUUUAUUCUUCAGGGGCACGGGACAAGACUCCGUUAGCUACUACAGCCAUGAAUUUAUGUGAGCCUGAGUCAUGUUAUGAUUUGUUAUUCACAGAGGAUUCAGAAGGAAACAGAAUUAUCAAACACUGAUUCAGUAGUAAUUUUUUUCUGAGUAAACAGGGUGCUGAAAAAUUGACUUUUUUUAUGUACAUGAAAAUUCCUCUGAAGCCUACACAGUGCAUCACUUUUUUUAAGAAAGAUACAAGGACUAUGUAAAUGUACACAUUGCAUAUACGGCCUUUGGCUAUGAGUGGUAUAGACCCAAACACACAGGCUACUUACUCUGCAUGGAUUGUCUUUGACUAAAAAGAGAUGUGUGCAAAUAAAGUGAUCAUUUUAUCGUAAAA